AUGGCCACCAAAUGCCGGACAUCAGCGCCGGUGAACCAAUUGAGAGGUAUAUCACGUGUGGUGUCCACCGGAUUCACCACAAGACACGUGUUGGGAAGCACUGCCACCACUGCCAUCAACAGCCGGCGAUUCGCCGCCAAUUCGCCGCAAGUGGACGAAGAGUUGACACAAUUUCUGAAGAGUGAGAUCGAGUUGGAGAAGAAGUCACAGACAGAGCCCUUACCGCAGCUGAAGGGCUGGUCGGUGGCCACCGACGGCUCGAACCUGACGUUCACGAAGACGUACGGCUCGGAGCAGAUCGCUGUCCGCGCGAAUGUUAACCACUCGGUGGACACUAGAGGUUUCAACGAAGACGUCGAGAACCCGGAGCAGAUGUCGGCGCCGAUGGUGUGUCGGCCGGACUUUGCCGUCGAGAUCAAGAAGGGGAACCGCACUCUGGGUAUCAACUGCUCGUUCGUGGACUUGGAAGACGUAGACGGCGACGACGGCCCACAGGGAACCGCUGGUGGCCAGGAGUCGGGCGCCGACGCCCAGGCGCUCGAAGACGAGUUCCAGAUCAACGAGCUGUCCAUAUAUGAGGGCGAGUUCAAGGAUAGCUCGUAUCUGGUGGCCGGGGAUGUGAUGGACGGCUCGAUGUACGACCUGAUGAUGGAUCUGUUGCACGAGAGGGGUGUGGACCAGGAGUUCGCCAAACAGCUGAUAGACUACACGACAGUCUACGACCACACGCAGUACGUGGGACUACUCGAAAAGCUCCGGGACUUCGUGGCCAAGAAGUAG